AUGCCUACCACGCAAGGCUUCGAGUUCCUUGUUGAAGGCGUUGACGGCGUGCCCUUUACCACGUACGGUACAAGAUCUUUGUGCGGAAGGAUCGUUUCCACCAAAAUCCAAGCCAAAGCCGGCGUGAGAUUCCACAUCCGAGUGAAGCCGCAAAUUCCAUUUCCUCCACCUAACGACGCACUCUCCUCCGGCCAAAGCAGGUACAAGCCGGGAGCUUCCACGCGACAAGUUGAGGGGGUAGGUGAAGGAGACGCCAUGGGCCACGGAUCAUCAGAUGCAACAGCGGAGGCUGAAAAAGAAAUCCUUUAUCUCGCCAUGGUGUACAUGGAUGGAAACGAGAAGGCCGAGGCCUCAAAACUUAUUGUCGUGGAUCCUGAGAGCAGAAAAUAUAAGGCAGAAGGUUACUUGCUUGACGGCCGAUACUCUCUUGCAAAUGAUACGGCACCUCAGACUGGGUCGAGCCUGGGCAUCAUGGCUGUUAUGUCAGUCAGUCCAUGGGUAUUCACCGAGAGGGGCAUCGAUGUUCUGAUGAGCCGUAUGGACAUCUCUACAGCAGAUCCUUAUAUCCCGUCAACGGCAAUGGAGCAGGAGGUGGUUGUCCUUACGCAAGAAAUGAACAACGACAACUUACACGCAGGUGCCGAAUCCAAGGUCGGGGAGAUUGAGGUUAAGAUUCUCAGAGUUUUGCAUGAUGGCGACGUGCGCCCGGAUCUCUACUGGAAACGAAGCGAAGAGGAGACUCCCAAAGAAGACGACGGCAGAACACACGAUGUCACCAUCGAUCAGAAUCAGGCGCAGCGCGUCACCAUGGCCAGCGUCAAGUACCGCCGGUACCAACCAGAUGAGGAAUUUCUAUGCAAAGCCAAAUUCCAAUACAUGGACAUCGCCAAACUCGUCAACCUUGGGUUGUGUAAUACAACGGGCGAACCGGUUGACCAUCGCCAGAAUGCCGUCGAUAGUCGCCUGGCAACACUAUUGCCUAGCAGCCGUGAAGCGCGCGCCGGCCAAUUGAAGCGUGCGAGGGGCUUUGAGGGCAAGGCAGGCAAACGCCGCGAGUCUGAGUUGGCUAGAUCCUCGUCGAGCGAGGAAGAAGAAUCGGCCUCUGACAAGACGAGCGACUCUGACGUACCUCGGCGAAAGCAUCGUGGAGCAAUCAGAAGACGCUAA